UAACGUUAUUCGGUGAUAUGGCCAGUGCAGUGUUGAAGCUAACACAGUCCACAGAGGUGGAAAAACGAGGAAGUACCCGAGUCAGACUACGGCAAGGAUGGCUCUCCGAACACUAGGGAACCGUUUGUGGCUCAUUCAGCGGGACUGUUGGAAGACUGUCUCCAUCCAAACACAUGGAGCUGUCAGAUUCAAAACAACCUGUCCAGUUGAAGUGAGCCAUUUGGAUCAUUUGGUCCUAACAGUGAAGAGUGUGCCUGACACCGUCAACUUUUACACCUCAGUCCUUGGCAUGGAGGUCAUCACUUUUAAGGGAAACCGUAAGGCUCUGGGAUUUGGGCAGCAGAAGUUUAACCUUCACCAGCUGGGUCAGGAGUUCGAGCCCAAAGCCAAGCUUCCAACCUCCGGCUCUGCAGACUUGUGCCUCAUCACCAAAACCCCUCUGGCUACAGUAGCCGCACAUCUGAAGGUCUGUGGAGUUGAGAUAGAGGAGGGUCCGGUGGAGAGGAGUGGAGCUGUGGGGGCCAUCACCUCUCUUUACUUCAGAGACCCAGACCACAAUCUCAUUGAAGUGUCAAACUAUAACCAGGCAACAUCAGAGGGAUCUUCUUGAGACUCCUUUCCCUUUUUUGUGCACGUAAAUUCAUCCAAUCAUUGCACUAACUCUGUCUGCUGAACCAACUUUGCACAGUUUAGCGCACUUUUGACUGCAAAAUUGCUGUAAUUCAAACAACACAUGCACUAUUUUCAAGCUAGAGUGGAUAACAUCAGUUGGCUGUGCAAAGACACUGUUCCUGUGUAGUUCUGCUGACCAGUGGUUGCUAUUUUAAUUAUGCAUAAAAAAUCUAUGGAGUUAUUAGACGAAAUGGGCACUUAAGAAGAUUUGUUUUACGUUGUGAAGAGAAACUGAACACUUGUAAGAAUUGUUGCCUGUUCAGCACAAAAUAAAAGGUUCUU